ACAGUGAAAAACAAGGCCUUUUUUUUCUUUGCCACAUCCAAUGGGGAAAAAAAAGUCAUUGCCCUGAGGGUGGGAUCUCGAUUAUUGGCGAUGCAGUAGUGUUUUUAUUCAGUCACUGACGGAAUGUGCAGAGGAAGAGAGGGAGACUACUUGGUGAAAUAGGCAUAGUGCCCGACUCUGGAAUAAUUAUGGAUUUAUAAUUUUUAUAUUCCCAGAAAAUUAUUUCUUAACUUUUUUCCCCCUCUACACGCUCCGGAAUCCCUUCAUCUGAACCUACAAUGAUCCGAUCGAACACAUAAAGCUGAAAGUGUUUCCAGUGUGGAGGGGGAUCGGGGUCGGUAGUGGCGUUGGAGGCGGGUGGAGCCAGGGCUGGGGACGCGGCUUGCGAUGGGAGCCUGCCAGUCCAGGACAAGGGCCCUGGAUCCCGGUAUUUGACUACCCUGUAUGGGGUGUCCUCUGUCGUGGGGGACACGCCAGGCUCAGGGAGGUUUGUCAGAGAGGGAGGAGUGCCAUCAGACUGCCCACAGACAUGCUCAGCAUCAAACUUCCCCAGCUCUUUGACAUCAAUCAGGUCCCCAAGGUGUUCAGGGAGGAUAGCAUCAUCUCUGGAUACCGUCACCCGCGGAGCUCAGCGCUGGACUGCGUCCUCAGCAGCUUCCAGAUGAACAACGAGACGAUCAACAUCUGGACCCACUUCCUGCCAACGUGGUACUUCCUGUGGCGUUUCUGUGUCCUCUGCUCCACUAUGAACUUCCUGACCGACAGCUACACCUGGCCCCUUCUGGUGUACAUGCUGCUCAUCUGCAUUUACCCCUUCACAUCCAGCUGUGCACACACCUUCAGCACCAUGUCCCCAGAGUCUCGCCACAUCUGCUACUUCUUUGACUACGGCGCGCUCAGCCUCUACAGUCUGGGUUGUGCCAUAAGCUACGGAUACUACGUCAUUCCAGACUGCUGGGUGAACAGCUGGUUCCAUCAACACUUUGUCCUCAUUGCCAUUGGAAACACACUGUUCUGUACCAGUCUGUCCUGCUAUUCCAGGUUCCUAGAGCUGCAGUUCCCACAGAGAAGUAAAGUUCUAAGAACAGGAGCGUUUGUCCUUCCUUUUAUAUUUGACACUGUUCCUCUGUUUUACAGGAUCCUCCUCUGCUGCGGGGGAAGCUGCAGCCUGAGCGAUGCCUUGUCCAGUCACUGUUACCACCUCCUCUUUGCCGUACUCACCUGCUUCCUGUUUACCGCCCACCUCCCGGAGAGGUUGGCCCCAGGACGCUUCGACUAUUUUGGCCACAGCCACCAGCUCUUCCACAUCAGCGCUGUGGUGGGGACCCACUUCCAGAUGGAGGGCGUGAUGGCAGACAUGACGUCACGGCGGGCGUGGCUCCUAGCCCGCGGAGCAAUGCCCUCCUUCCUGGGGACCGUCGGGGUGCUGGUCGCCAGCCUCAUCCUCAACCUGGGAAUCAUCUGCAUUUUCAGCGCCCCGCUGCUGUGGAAACCCUGCCACGGCUCCAACCAGCCGCACACAUCGAGGCGCGAGUGCAAGGAGAAGUGAGGGCGUAUUUUCCACCAACCAACAGCCACAAAAUGUCUGAUUCACUUUCCAAAGGAAAGGUUUGGGCUGUUUGUCUGUCUCAGCGGUGUGUGUUUGAGAUGACUAAUAACAGUUCACGGUAGUGCUUGUUUAAUACCAAUAGUUUUAUAAUUCAGAGAUAAAGAUUUUGAUGCAUCAUGUUCAGUGCUAAAGGAUUUCCCUAACACAGUUGUACACCUGAAGUAUUUGUUCAUGUGUUUUCUCAGCGCCUAAGGACCCAGUUGCAUUCAUUGAAGCCUUUUUCUGAUGUUGCAUUAAGCUCGUAUGUGAGAAAACAAUGUCUACCGUGUACAAAAUGUCUGUUUAAUUUAUUUUUAAAGAUCCUCAAAGUGCAUUUAUUGUAGACCCACACUUCAUAUACGAUGUUUACAGUAGAUCACUACAAGUUUAAAUCUCAAACUGGAAACAUCUAAUGUUGCAGUGGCAGGGAUUAUAUUCUGAAUUAAUGCUUUUUUUUUUUUUUUUUGCAUGUACUGGGCCAGAAUCUCCUUUACUUUAUUAAGGAUUUAUUGAAUGUUUUUUUUAACUGGAAUACUUGGUUAGUGUGGUUGUUCUAUGUAUAAAGUAGACAACCCUCAUGUAACUCUACAUAAAAUAAUGCAGAUUGUGCUGCCGGGUCUUAUAUAUAUAUAUAUCCACCUAUUGAUUCCACUCCGCACGGCCCGGAAUUGAUUUGCAGGUCCUGUGGUUCUUUUUUUUUUUUUACUGAUUGCCUGGCUUAUUAUGAACCCCACAAUCUGCCCUCAACAUAAAAAAAAAGAAAGAAAUGUUACAGCGCGGCAGUGAUUAAAAGACCGGUACCAUUUUUACAACAGUACGUUUCCAGGGCAACGCUAGAGUGGCCCCUGGAGCAAACCGCAUUAUUUUUUUCUUUUUUACCAUCGCGCAUAAGAUCUAUUCUGAACAUGUAUUAUGUGUCAAAUUUCCAACACCUGCGGUUUAUAGCUAAAGAGUAAAGAAUUUAGAGACCUGGAGAGGCAGAAAGUACAUGUAGUCAUAGUUUGGGGUCGUAUUAACAUUGUAGUACUGUAGUUUUGAAGUGCUUUGGUGCAUAUACAGUAAAACAAAGCAGUAACACUCAUACUGUAUACUUUGGUUAUCUUGUUGUCCCAUGAGACUGUUAUUUACCACUGAAAUAAUAAUUAUAUACUGAUAGAAUCUAUUAUAUGUAUUGCUUGUUUUAGGUGCAUAGGCGGUAAUGAAGAUGAGGGUUUUUUUCUUUUUGGAGGAAGUACCAUGGAUUAAGUUACUAUAGUUCUCAAUAAAUGAACACUGCUAUUGAGCUUUGUUUUCUUAAAACAAGUGAAAAAAAAAAAAGUACAGACAGAUUAUUUCAUUAGCUCUCCAAUUUAAGUCAACUUUUUUCAAGAAAAUACCUGCCUGUAUUGGAACUGAAAUGAUUAGUUUAUUAAUCGAUUAGUUGACUGACAGAAAUAUUUUGAUAUUAGAUUAAUCAUUUCAGUAAUUCUUUAGGCAAAAAUGCCAAACUUUUUAAAUGUGCAUAUUUUUUUGCUUUUCUCUCUUUUUUUUAUUGUAAAUUCAAUAUCUUGAGGUUUUGGCCUUCUUGGAUGAAAUACGGGAAACUGUGAUGGGCAUUUUUCCUUUUUUAUAUAUUUUAUAUAGACGAAACAAUUGAUUAAUUGAGAGGAAAAUGGCAGAUUAAUAGAUAAUAAAAUUUUGAAAAAAGGGUUCAAUUCAAAUGAGCUAAUUCACUUGUUUUAAGUAAAUAAAAUUACAAAUGAAUUGAUAAAUUUAAUAAAUUAGACCAUUCAAUAACAUAUAUAAAGCCAUAGCAGUAGGCUACUGUGUAUGCAGCCUAUGUUUCGGAGACUUGACAAAGAAGAAUUUCCUUUUAGGUUUUAAUGGGAGAUAGGGCGUCGCACUACUAAACCUCUCUGUUGAAGCACUGACAUACUGUAGGUACAGAUUUCAACUAUAAUCUUUUUACUUGACAAAUGGUUUGAAAGGCUCAUUUGUAUAAAACAAGUUUGAAAGCAUAUAUGGCACAAAUUUACACUUGGCUUCACCACUAACACCAGAAGUGUGAUCACACAACUCACAGGAAGCACAUAGCAAACACACACUCACACGCACUCCCACUCCCACAAAUGUCUUUUAGCUGUGUUGGUAGAGAGUUUUUAGUAAGAGGGGAAAAUGUAUGUGAUAUUAUGGGAUAAUGAGGUGUGGUACAGGUCCACGUUGGAUGCUGAAGUAGAAAUGUCAGACGCAGAGUGAAUGUGUAGAAUCACAAAGAGCACACACACACUUUGCAUCAGAGCAACCAAGGUUAGUGUGCAGAGUAUAAAAGUCACUUCAGUCUUUAUCGAAACAGAGCAGUAAUUUCCCUAAAUUUUUCUGUAUUAUCUCUUUUUUUUUUUUUUUUUUUUUUUUUGUCUCUAUCCAGUCAUCAUCUUACAGCAUUCCUCUAUUUGACCCGUUGAUUCUUGGAUUUGCAUCAUUACUGGCUUCUGUUGUGGUUCUUUUGAAAUCAUUUUUUUUCUGUUGUUUUUGUUCUAUCAUCUCAUUCAUUCUCAGCCAUUUGGUGCCUUCAACCAGCAGUUGGACGGUUAUGAAGCUCAGAGAUGCUGAUCGCCGAGGCUUCCACAUCAAAUAGAUAGAUGCCGAUGUCGCUUUUCUGUAUUGUAUUUUUACAAUUAUUUUUGACCAAAUUAUCAUUUUCAAGCCCAGAUAUUCUCCAUACCAGAUCCCUGUUACUUUGAAAGCUACUUUUCAUAUAAACCAUGUUGGUUUACUCCUCAGUGGACAAGCAGAUUCAGGUUGUAAUUAUCAGGAAAACUGGGCACUUUUCUCAUGAAGCCUUUAAAAAUAAAAAACAGAAAGUGUAUUGAAGGAUGUUUUGAAAAUAUGAAAUAGAGCGCAAAAACGAGUGCGGGAUGAACCAUUCGAUACAACAAGAAUACAAAACAGAGUUGGGUGCCUUUUUUUAUGUUUUAUACAACCUUUCUUUUGAUAUAAUGCUUGGUUUGUUCCUUGUCUUUAAAAAAAAAAAAAAACACAAACUGCUCUUAAAAUGUAUGAAUACUUAUUUGUUCUUUGCUGUGUAUAAUUUGUAAUUUUCUACUUUGUUCUACUAGACUUGUGUAAUAAAUUCCAUAUUUAUAAGUGUAAUAAUUGUCACUGGAAAAAUGUCAAGUGUCUUAAAAUAGACUGGUUCCCUUUUUACAUUCAUACCACAGCAAUUUCUAUACUGUGUUCACACAGUAUACUAAUGAUUAUUUUCAUUAUUGAUUGUUGAAAGUAAGAAAUUCCAUUUUAAAUUCCUACAGCUUAAGGCGAUAUCCUCCAAUGUCUUGUUUUAUCUGACCAACAGUCUGAAACCCAAAGAUCCAUUAUUAUGUAUUACAAAGAAAAAAACGUUUGGUAUUUUUCUAUAAAAAAAAUGGCCAAAACUAAAUAUUCCAUUAUUAAAAUAGAUGUUGGUUGAUUUUCUGUGCAUCGAUUAUUCAACAUAUCAUUGCAGCUCUGUUUUAAACCUGUAUAUAUCAUACAGAUAUGCAACUUGAUUUUGAGCAAUGAAAUUCAAAAUGUGGUCAAAUAUAUAUUCUUUUUGUUGGCAGACACUGCAGAUCCUUCAUUUAAACACCAGUCGGAGUCUGAGCAGUGUGUGUGAGUGACCAGCAGAGGGCAGAACAAGCCAAUAAGAGGGUGUCCUUGUCCUGGUUGAGGAGCUCAUUGCUCCCAUCUGCUGAUCAGCUUUUAUUCGCCAAAAUAUGGGCUGCAGCUGCAUUGUUGCAACAGUGUGUGAAUCCUUAAAGGUCUAUCUGCAGGAAACCCAACUUGGGUGAGAAAUCUUGCAGCAAAAAUGGUCAGUGUAACAAGAAAUUGUGUCCAGUAUUCAGCCUUCAAACCAUAUUUUUCUUAAAUCGUGUGAGAUCCUUCAACUUGUUCCCAGUGAAGAUGCUUUUGUUUAAGGCAGCCUCAAACUGAUGGAUAAUAUCCUGAAAAAAUCACUGCAGAAAAACGUUUCACGCUAAAAACAUAAUAAAUAAAUAAACUGAUGUGAAAUUAUCUCUUACUGCUCACUUAAAGUGUUUGGAUGCAGGAAACCUUGUAGAUUAAAUGACUUUAUAGACGUUGUAGACUAAAUGACUUAAAUGAUAUUCAUUUCAAUGCAGUCAGUCACAAUGAGCUAAUUGAAGUGUGAAUUAUUAAAACAGGUUGAUUGGAAA